AUGCUCCCUGUCAAGUACUUGAUCAUCCUCUUCGCCCCAGCUGCCUUGGCCCUCCCUGGCGACUCGGCUCCCUUUUUCGCCAGUGCCCCCACUGUCACUGCUGCACCCGCUCUUGAGCAGGCCCUCGACUGCGAUUACAGCUACUGCGACGAGAACCACAUUUCGUGGUGCUUCCACUUCAUCCCCUUCACUACUAUCGACCCUACACUGGGCCCCAUGCCUGGCGAGACAAGAGUCUCUGUUGGAGUUUGCGGUCCUAACACAGAGGUGCCAGUGCCGACUUAUUGA